AUGAAAGGAAAGAGAGAGAAGCAGGAGACCUCCGAUGACCUGAGAACAAACAGAGGUGGAAGCUUAGGUCUGAGCAUUCCGUUUGAUCUCUAUCCAGAUAUACUCAAACGCUUGCCUGUUAAAGCCCUAGCAAGGUUCCUCUGUGUAUCGAAGGAAUCUGAAUCCAUCAUUCGCAACAAAGACUUCAUGAGAUCGUACUUGAUCAAGUCUUCUGCUCGUUCCCAAACCCAAAGUCUCAUCUUCACAUGUGUUGACAAGAGUAACCACAAGAAACGUCACUUCUUCUCUGUAGGGGUUUCAGGUGAAUCAUCAUCUUCUGUAGCAACUUACCAUAUGAACUGUCUUUCGAAUCCGUACACAGUUGUUGCUCCCUCUGUUCACGGUUUGAUUUGCUAUGGAACUCUUCCUCGUAAAGUCUCCAUGGUGUAUAACCCUAGCACGAGACGAUCUAUUACUUUGCCAAAGAUUGAUUCUCGUAGGUUUGAUAUAAUGUACCAUUACAUGGGUUAUGAUCCGAUCAAUGACGACUACAAAGUCCUGUGUAUGACGAGACUAGGUCACGGUUUAGGUCAAGAGCUUAGGGUUUUGACAUUGGGGAAUGGUAAUUCGUGGAGAGUGAUUCAAGAUUAUCCUCCUCACUACUCUCCUCGUUCUCAUCUUGAUAUAUGUAUCGAUGGUGUGUUAUACUAUGAAGCUUUUCAGAGAGGUCAUCAAGUCAUGAGUUUCGAUGUUAGGUCUGAGGAAUUUGAUCUUCUAGAAUUACCAGAGACUGCUGCAAGGUUUACAAAGAUGACAAGAUACGAGGGAAAGCUUGCUCUCAUGACCUUUAAACCAGCAGGACUUUCUUGUACUUGUUGGAUUGAUUUGUGGGUUCUAGUGGAUGCUGCGAAACAAGAAUGGUGCAAGAAGGUGUUUGCUUUAGAACUCUGUAUAACUGAUUAUUAUCUUCAAGCCUAUUGUCUCACUGACGCAGGUGAGUUUGUUUUCGGACCAGACACUUUGAGUGAGCCACCGUUUUAUGUUCUCUAUUAUGAUCCCAAGAGAAACAGUUUGAGAAAAGUCUACAUUGAAGGAAUCACAGAACGCUGGGGUAAAUCUAUAUUCUCUAUCUUCCCUGGCCAAGUUGAGAAUCUCAUGUUUCUCUAA